ACGGUGGGCUCAUCUCUUGCGUUACCUUGUUACCUUGUUACCUUGUGUUGGAGCCAAAAUUUGAAUCCAGGACUGCCACUCCACCUCCUUAUUAAGUGCCAGACGUGGUGCUUAGUCGCUGGGGAUACGUCAAGGGCCUGCCAGAGCUUGUCUGAAGGGGAUCAGACGUUAAAAAUGACCCAUUACGGUUCAAACGGAGUCUCGCUCUGUCGCCCAGGCUGGAGUGCAGUGGCGCGAUCUCGACUCAUUGCAAGCUCCGCCCCCCCGCGUUCACGCCAUUCUCCUGCCUCAGCCUCCCGAGUAGCUGGGACUACAGGCGCCCGCCACCACGCCCGGGAGGUUCUAGGGGAAGAGAAGCUGAAGGAGAUACUGAAGGAGCGGGAACUUAAAAUUUACUGGGGAACGGCAACCACGGGCAAACCACAUGUGGCUUACUUUGUGCCCAUGUCAAAGAUUGCAGACUUCUUGAAGGCAGGGUGUGAGGUAACAAUUCUGUUUGCGGACCUCCACGCAUACCUGGAUAACAUGAAAGCCCCAUGGGAACUUCUAGAACUCCGAGUCAGUUACUAUGAGAAUGUGAUCAAAGCAAUGCUGGAGAGCAUUGGUGUGCCCUUGGAGAAGCUCACGUUCAUCAAAGGCACUGAUUACCAGCUCAGCAAAGAGUACACACUAGAUGUGUACAGACUCUCCUCCGUGGUCACACAACACGAUUCCAAGAAGGCUGGAGCUGAGGUGGUAAAGCAGGUGGAGCACCCUUUGCUGAGUGGCCUCUUGUACCCCGGACUGCAGGCUUUGGAUGAAGAGUAUUUAAAAGUAGAUGCCCAAUUUGGAGGCGUUGAUCAGAGAAAGAUUUUUACCUUUGCAGAGAAGUACCUCCCUGCACUUGGCUAUUCAAAACGGGUCCAUCUGAUGAAUCCUAUGGUUCCAGGAUUAACAGGCAGCAAAAUGAGCUCUUCAGAAGAGGAGUCCAAGAUUGAUCUCCUUGAUCGGAAGGAGGAUGUGAAGAAAAAACUGAAGAAGGCCUUCUGUGAGCCAGGAAAUGUGGAGAACAAUGGGGUUCUGUCCUUCAUCAAGCAUGUCCUUUUUCCUCUUAAGUCCGAGUUUGUGAUCCUACGAGAUGAGAAAUGGGGUGGAAACAAAACCUACACAGCUUACAUGGACCUGGAAAAGGACUUUGCUGCUGAGGUUGUACAUCCUGGAGACCUGAAGAAUUCUGUUGAAGUCGCACUGAACAAGUUGCUGGAUCCAAUCCGGGAAAAGUUUAAUACCCCUGCCCUGAAAAAACUGGCCAGCGCUGCCUACCCAGAUCCCUCGAAGCAGAAGCCAAUGGCCAAAGGCCCUGCCAAGAAUUCAGAACCAGAGGAGGUCAUCCCAUCCCGGCUGGAUAUCCGUGUGGGGAAAAUCAUCACUGUGGAGAAGCACCCAGACGCAGACAGCCUGUAUGUGGAGAAGAUUGACGUGGGGGAAGCUGAACCACGGACUGUGGUGAGCGGCCUGGUACAGUUCGUGCCCAAGGAGGAACUGCAGGACAGGCUGGUAGUGGUGCUGUGCAACCUGAAACCCCAAAAGAUGAGAGGAGUCGAGUCCCAAGGCAUGCUUCUGUGUGCUUCUAUAGAAGGGAUAAACCGCCAGGUUGAACCUCUGGACCCUCCGGCAGGCUCUGCUCCUGGUGAGCGCGUGUUUGUGAAGGGCUAUGAAAAGGGCCAACCAGAUGAGGAGCUCAAGCCCAAGAAGAAAGUCUUCGAGAAGUUGCAGGCUGACUUUAAAAUUUCUGAGGAGUGCAUCGCACAGUGGAAGCAAACCAACUUCAUGACCAAGCUGGGCUCCAUUUCCUGUAAAUCGCUGAAAGGGGGGAACAUUAGCUAGCCAGCCCAGCAUCUUCCUCCCUUCUUCCACCACUGAGUCAUCUGCUGUCUCUUCAGUCUGCUCCAGCCAUCACCCAUUUACACAUCUCUCAGGACACGGAAGCAGCGGGUUUGGACUCUUUAUUCGGUGCAGAACUCAGCAAGGGGCAGCUUACCCUCCCCAGAACCCAGGAUCAUCCUGUCUGGCUGCAGUGAGAGACCAACCCCUAACAAGGGCUGGGCCGCAGCAGGGAGUCCAGCCCUACCUUCUUCCCUUGGCAGCUGGAGAAAUCUGGUUUCAAUAUAACUCAUUUAAAAAUUUA